CCCUAGAUCAUGACUGGAGCCAACGGCAGCUGCUUAACUGACUGAGCCACCCAGGCGCCCCAAGAGCUCCCCUUCCUUGACAAAACCCCUGGACCUGGUUGUCAUUGGCCCAAACCUGGGAUGUAUCCAGCCUCAAGUAAUCAUUGUGGCCAGGAAAAUGGAAUGCACUGAUUGCCUAGACCUGGGCACAUACCCACAUGGACUGAGAGCUGGCGCCUAGUGGUUGGGGGGGGAAGGUGGUAUUACCAGAAGAGGGGAUGAAUGGCUGCAGGGCUGUCCAGUUCAGGCCCUUCCUUUUCUCCAGUUGUCUUCACUGCCCACAGUCUCCCUGCCUACCCUUAACCAUCUCUCCAGUCUCUCAUUACCCUUGAUCUUGUUGAGGGGGGUGCCUUGUGAGAGGCACCUGGGCCUGGCACAGAGAGGAUGUUGCUUAGGCAAAGUAGAGUGUUCAAUAGAGUCAUUUAGAGGAUGUUCCUCUGCCUGGAACUGCUUCCUCGUGGACCCCACGAGUCUUUGUGGAGGGACCCCUAUCAAGGCCUAGAUAGAAUUUUAGUUAUGGACUUGCGUUCUUGUCUGGGCCCACCCAGCUGUGAGUUCCUGAGGAGUCAAGUGUGAGCCUGUGGGUAUCCAGCACAUACUUAAUGGGGUGAUUACGUGGAUGUGAGCUCCUCCUCCCCUGAGUCCCUACCCAGCCUAGAUAAGUCUCACGUUGCGGGAUCCCCGGUGCAGGGAACAAGGUUGAAUGACUGACUCAUGUGCCUCAUGUUGACUGAUCUGUUGCAUGUGGUUGCACAGGGCUCCCGUGGUUAAUUGGAAUCUGCAGUGCCUCUGAAUUAGUCACUUCUGCAUGGGCCAUUUCACGAAGAGCCUAAGGCCAUAGUCCCCUUCUUAGUCACUCUGACCCAUGUGGCUGGUGACAGACUUAAAGUAACUCAGACAAACAUUGCUUCUAUUUAAUACAUCCUUGGAAGCUUCUCAGCUAUAAAGGGAUCUUGGUGGCUAGGGAGGCCUUUCUUGGUGUAUUGAUCUGGCCAGUGAGAGCCCACAGGGGUCUAGAACAUGGAGCCCCAGACAUGUUCUGACUUGCCCUCAGCCAUUCUCCAGGACAAAUUGACGUUAAUGGACAUGGUUGGUUGCUUUGGGUGAUCAGAUCUGGCUGGCUGGUCCCCUGGGGGUAGCUUCUGUGGAGCUGUGAGGCCCCUGUUAUUACAUUGGCAGUGUUGAGACAAUGUGUUAAGGCUUGGUUAUUUCAAAACAGUUGUCAGCAAAGUGUCCUGCCAGGUUGGACCAGUUCUGUAAAUCCAUGAUUGCUGAAACUCUUCUAGAGCCCCCAGUAAUGGUGUUGUGCUUUUCUAGACAUACACUUGCUGCCUGUAGGGCUAGGAAGGUGGGACCCUGACCACUUGCUACAUCUCCCAUUUACUCAUUUAACAAAUACCUGUUGAGCCACUGCUGAGUGCCAGGCCCUCCCCUACUUAGCUCCUGGAGAUACAGUGGAGAAUAAGAUGGGGCCAGACCCUUACAGAUUAGUAGGAGAGAAAGCCAAGGAAACAGAGUGCUGUGAUGGAGGCCUGGGGCCUUUUUUUUGCAUCAUAGUGGUGAAGACUGUGGGCACCGGAGACAGGCAGACCAAAUCCCGGCCCUGCUGUUUACUAGCCUUGUGACUUUGGGCAGGUUAUCUCCUCUUGUGGAACCUCGGAUUUCUCAUCUAUAAAAUGGGGAACAUGCGUAGGGGUUGUUAUGAGGAUUUAAAUGCAUUCAGACGUGUAAAGCAGGAGUCCUGGCUCAGGGUAAGCACUCAAUGACUGGUAGGUUUAACAACUAUUAUUAGAAAGUGAUACAUCUUGAGUGAAAUCCCUCACAGUAUAAAGGACAACAUUCUUACAUAUUUUUAAAUUUAGAAUAAAAUUAAAAACAUCUGUUCAUUUAAAAUCACUCCACCACAAAGAAGAGAUCACCCUUCCUUGCCAGGCACUUAUUAGAAAACAUUUAAUCCUCCCAACUGUCAAAAGUGUAGAGAUCUUUACAACUCAUUAUACAGAGGAGGAAACUGAUCAUCAGAGAGGUUAAGUAAAUUUGCCCAGUGUCACACGGCUAAUUAACGACUGAGCUAGAAUCAAAGCCAAGUCUUAUCUGGCUGCAAAGUCCAUGUUUUAUGCAGUUCCCCCAGUAUCCUGGGCCUCCAAAGCACUUGGCUCUGAGGAGGAUCCUUGCUGCCCAGUCGGUUAAUCCUUUGUUUUCCUGAAGUUUUUGCUGGUGGGUUGGCCACACCUACUUUUCAUGAAGCACUCUGACCCAGGUCCUGAAAUGAGAAGAGUUAGCACAAGAUGUCCCUGCUUCCCUAAGGAGAAGAGAUGGCUUGUUCUGUAUCUCCAAGUCCAUGGGCCAUCACACAGAUGGUUCGGGCAUAUGAAAAUCAUCUAAGAGAAGAGACAUGAGAAUGGCGUCCACACCCUCUCUGGUUUUCAGACCUUGGGUCUGGACAUUCAGCCUUGGUCUUUCUUAGCCCUACCAACAUACCUCUUUUCAGCUGUAUUCAUCUAACCUUUGGUGUCUGCUGGGCACACUUUCUGACUUUGUAUGGAACAGCAAGAGCCUGCAGAAGCAGUAGGGCCAGAGGAAGGGGAGAAUAAGGAAAUUUGAGACUCAGGAACUGCAAGGCCUCUUGGAGACCCUGAGAAUAGCCACAGGUUCUCUUUAUUUCAAUCAUCACAACAGCAGGAGGCAUGAUCAUGUGCCUGGUGUGUUUGAAGUGCUGUCCUCACAGAAGCUCUUCACAAGAACCUUCGGAGAUAGGCACGUCCCACAUAGAAUCCUAGGAGAUGGGCACUAUAAUUAUCUCCAUUUUAUAGAGGUGGAGGUAAAGGCACAGAGAGGUUAAGUAGUUUGCCCAUACAGCUAAUAAGGGGAGGAACUGGUGUUUGAACCUGGGGUUCUCUAGUCCAUGAGUUUAAGAUCUAUGUCAUAUUGCUUUUUGGUAGGGAGUGAGUGAGUGAACAAAUGAGUCUGGGAUUGGCAGCUAGCCAGACAGACAAGGCCCCCAGGGACACCAUGAGGGGUACUUUGGAGCUAGCAGAGUUGGGUUGCAAUUCUAGCUGUGCCACCUCCUGCCUACAGGACCUGGGGCAAUAGUGCUCAUUUCCUCAUCUUCAAAAUGGGAAUAAGGUCUUCGUGAGGAUUCAGGGAGAUCAUCUCUGUAAAGCUCUUAGCCCCAUGCACGGCAUCUAGUAAGGGCUCAGUAAGCGUUCAGGGACACUCUGCAGAUAGAUGGUAUUAACGUGGCAUAAUUGCAGCUGUACUGAUCAAAAGUCCAUGUUGACAAGAACUAGAAAGGAAUAUGAAAACAGUUGUUAAGGGUUGAAAGGGAAUUAAAGUUUCUUCAAUGCUUUAUCAUUUCUUAAAAAAUGUUCCUAAAUGGAAUAAAUAAAAUAUACAUGCAGUGGGUGUUAAGUGGUUUUUGAUCCCAUUGUUUCAAAGUCUUAUGGGGGUUGUUUCUACCUCUGCAAAAAAGAGUUAGCACUUCAGGCCUGUGGUUAUAAUUCUGUCAAUGCUGAAUUUGCUAGGGGUUUGAGUGAAUUUGCAAUGAGAAAAAAAGGGGAAGUUUUAAAAAAUGACUUUGUAUUUUGUGGCUUUUAUAUCUGGAAAUAUAAAAUCGAUUUAAAAUGUUAUAUAGUUGUAAUUUCAUAAAUGCUAGAGGGAUCAUCCCAUCAAAGAGAGAUGCAAAAAAAAUUAAGAAGGUGUUGGUGGGAUACAGCUUCCUCCGUUUUGCUACCAGUGGGUGUGUUGGAGUUUAAAUUCUUUGAGUAUCAGAACCAGAACAGGUCUUCAGGACUGAUGAUUUUUGCUGUGAUUAAUGUCUGUUGGAACCUCUGGAAGGUGCGACAACAUGAAAAGAGAGGCAAUUUCUGGAUGACAAUGCACAUUUGGCAUUGGAAAAAGCAGUUAAAUUGCCAGUGAGCCCUAGUUGAAAUCAAAUGUCUGACGCAUGGAGGCUGAUGACUGGCCAGCCUGAUGCGCCUGGUUUUGGGCCAGUCAGUUCGGACUCUAAGACUGACAGCAGGAAGAGGAAGCCUUGCUCAUCACUUAGACCGGGACCAUGGCUGUCUGGUACUGCAGUAUGUCUUUCUGCAACAAGCCGGAGAGAAGCAGCUGAUUCUCGGAAUCCCAGAUCCCCUGAUUCUUCUUGUCUGGAUGUGACGAAGCUGAAAACUGCUACAGGCCGCAGGCAGCUGUUUCAGUCCCAGCAGGAGCCGUGCUGACCUGGAAGCAGACGCAGGCUCCAUGUAAAGGACUCAGACCCUGCGGCCACUGGAGAUUUAGGACCCCUUCUGUGGAGCUCUAAAGGAUGAAGACCUCCAUCGUGGAUGCUGGCUGGACCAUCAGGCCACACACAUGCCCACAGAAGAGGCCUCGUUCUCUUAUGAGACCCUCUAAAGAUCAAGUUGCUGGUCAGCUCUUCAUCGCUAACCUGGAGGCUACCCGCACCCUAAUUGUGAUCCCUGCCAACAGCUGCACAUUGGGGGACGGCACAUCACAGGGACUGUGACCCCUUCUCCUGCUGUUGACAGAUCAGACUUUGGCCUUCUUGAUGGGGAUGUCUCACUGCUGCUGACUUGCGUUCAGCUUUCUAGAUUAGUUGCAACUCACCACAGUGGGCUGCUUCUACUUCCUUACUCCACCCCCCUCCAUCCACACUUAGUAAGGUUCAUUAUCUGAAUAGAGCUGUCUCCAGAGAGGGAUUGAUCGAGGCUGUUCACUGGAUAAAAGGAGUGGGAGGUUCUGUAAACCCAUUUUGAAAUUUUUUGAAAAUUCAGGCUUUCAUCCUCAUUAGUCGGCUAGGGCUGCCAUCACAAAAUGCCUUAGACUGGGGGGCUUAAAUAAUAGAAAUGUGUGUUCUCACAGUUCCGGAGGCCAGAAGUCCAAGACCAAGGUGUCAGCAGGUUUGAUUUCUCUUGAGUUGUCUCUCCCUGGCUUGCAGGGGGCCACCCUCCCAUGUGUUCUGCCGUAGUCGCCCCUCGGUCUUGUGUCCUAAUCUCUUUUUACAAGGACACCAGUCAGAUCAGAUGAGGGCCCACCCUAGUGAGUCCAUUUUAAUUGAGUCACCUCUUUGAAAGCCCUGUCUCCCAAUAUAGUCACAUUCUGAGGUACUGGGGGUGAGGGCUUCAGCACAGGAAUGGUGGCGGGGGGGCGGUUAGGGAUACAUCCUGACCAAUUCCCGAAUUUGUCUUUCUGGUUAAGUGAGAUAAAAAUGUUUACCUGCAAAAACGUAUUUGUGCCUCCUGCAUACAGUCCUUGCAGAUAAAAGGCCUGGAGAAGAAGAGGUGAUUGAAAGAAUGUUGUUGGGUUGCUGAAUGUUGGGGCCUGAAGACUUUGUAACAGUGGAGAAAAGUACUGGCACCUGGGGAGCCUUGGGCAAGUGGGUGGGGGGCAUUUAUGACCUUGGUUCUUCAGAACUCUAUCUGGAAGCUUUCCCCUCUUCCUGACAGAAGAUUCCAGAGCUGCCUUUCCAUGCGCUGGAGCGCUUUGAGCUCAGACUGCUGAGCCUGUGCUCACAGCUCACAGCACCGCCUGACAACAGAGGGUCUGGGCUCCUGCACUUCCCACACAGAACGCACACUCACAAGAUGCAUACCUCUGUAUCAUAGACAAGCAGAACAAAGGGCUGGUUGGAUCUUUCAGACUGAAUUGGAAACUCCAGGGCAGGAGGCCGCGUGGCAGAAGGCUUACAUUGGGGGUCCUGUUAACCUCCACCACCUAACAUAUGCCCUGCUUGAGGUACCCUAACAUUGCAAACUCGUUUCCAGGGGGAGCAUGUGCCCUCUGGGAUUCUACUUCUGUCUCUGUGCCCUCUCGCCACACUGUUUCAGCCCUGGAAGUGUUGAUCUGAAGAUCAGCUUGAACUUGCUGGUCACAGCCUUGCUGUACCUGAAUUGGUAUCUAGGGCCAGGUAAAAAUGAAUCAUACAGAAGUUUAGUUAGGGAGCCACUUGACUUUCUAAGAUAGACUGUUGUUUUUAUUUAAUUGAGGUAUAGUUGACAUAUACCAUAUCUAAAAUAGACUUUUAUGGCUAAUGGGAUUUAUUUUAACUGGCUAAAUGUAGGACCUCUAAGGAGCAUAACUGAGAUCAGUACUUCAGGUUGGUCUCAUCCUUUUGCAUGGGGUCCUACUGAUAAUAAACUUGCUGUAUAGAAGCCUGGGCCAACGGCCAAGGUGGGGGCUGGUGCAGAAGAGAGUUAACAGAGUAGGCCUGAGACUGCUCUCCUUGUUUGCAAUGCUGACAUCUGGGUAACUGGAUUUCGGGAGGAUUCUCAACAUUCCCUAAAUGAUAAGAGUGGCUCACUGUGCCUAAACUGUGCAAACAAAAUGGUUUAUGCUGAAUACCUUGCUUUCCUUCCAGGAAUCCAGAAUUUGGGUAUGUGCUAGGCAGAGGGUGCCGACUUGACCGGCCCCCAGUAAAAGCCCUGGGUACUGAGUCUCUAAGGAGCCUCCCUGGCAUAUAACAUUUCACACUUCUUAUCGUAACCCACUGCUGGAGGAACUGUGUCCUGUGUAACUCCACUGGGAGAGGGCUCUGGGAAGCUUGCUCCCGGUUUCCUUUGUUCUAUGCACCUUUUCCCUUUGCUGAUUUUGCUUGGUAGCCUUUCGCUGUAAUAAAUUAUAGCCUGCUGACAGUAAGACUAUAUGCUGAGUCCUGUGAGUCUCCUAACAAGUCGUUCAAACUGCGGAGUAGUUUUGGGGACUCCCAAGAUGGCACAAGGGGGACUUUUGGGGUGUUGGUAGUGUUCUUUUCCUCAAUUUGGGUGUUGCUCAUGUGAGGUGGGUUCAAGUUGUGAAAAUUCAUUGAGCUGUAGUUAUGUAAACAUUUUCUCUACAUAUCUUAAACUUCAAUAGGAAGAUUACACACCACAAGGAUAAAAAAUAAUAGCAAGUUAAUUUUUUUAAAAAACCUUCCUUUUAUUCAGCAAACAUUUCAGUUACUCCUUUUUACUAGGCAUUGCUCUGGGAGCUUGGGACAUGGGCUAGGAAAGACGUCAUCAUCACCUCUCAGUUUAUUGGGAGGCAGGUAAAGAGAUACUUACCAUAUGGUUGAUACUUGCUGGGCUCUAUCCAAGACAUCAUAGGGUACAGGGGGGGAACAGAGAAAGGGCUUCUAACUAGGGCAUUUUGCUGUUCUAGGUCUGCCACUCACGUACUUUGGGAAGUCAGGCAAAUGGGCCAAGGGAAAUAGCAGCGAACUAUCGCAAACUAGGAAAGUAUGUGGCAUAGAGUUGUGGAACCUUCUAGUUUUUGUUUGUUAGGAAAAAACAAAGCUGAAGUUUUAUGUAAGCUCUCUUGAUUUUUAAGUGCUGUAAAUGAAUCCAAAUUUUCAGAAGUGGGAGGCCAAACAAAACAUACCCGUGCAGGGUGUAUGGCUGUGGCCUACCAGUUUGCUGGGCAUUCUGCCAACCAGCCAUCCUUCCUCUCACCAGAGACUUGGGGGUCCACUCUUUUAGACCCUGGGAAAUACAGCAGUGAGCAAGCCAGACAGACAACUUUCUUGAAUAGUGGCGGGGGGUGGGGGGGAGACUGGUACUGUGAGCCUCAAACAUCAGUAUGUGUGGGAAUCACCUGGCAGUCACAUUGAAAGGCAGAUUACUGAAUCAGGAGGUCUGGGGUAAGGCCUGAAAUUUUCUUUCUAACAACUUCCCAGGUGAUGGUAAUGCUGGUGGUCCCUGAACCAUAUGUGCUUUGAGUGGAGUUUGCUGUAUAUUCCGGAGGGGCUUAGGAGCAGCUGUUAUUCUGAAAGUAGGGGCCUUGCCACGAAAGUGCAUCUGCCUGGCAAGCUCCGUGUUUUUACUUGGGUUUUAGCUUAUUGGGGUGUCUCAGAAGAGAGCUGAGGACAUCGGAGGCGGGUGCCUAAAGCUGCCCUGCCAGGUCUCUAUUCUCGAGUUUAUAGUAUAGAAGGCGGGGCGGGGGUGGAGGAAGGUGUUAGGAAAAGCUUCCUGGAGGAGGUGCAUGGGAACUGCAGGAACUUCCUCGGCCGCGGAGAAAGGGAGAAACCCUGAACUCCCCCCUCUCCUUGGGCCUGGUCUCGGCAUCCCCACGCCGGGUACGGUUUCCCAGGCAUCCCACGUGUCUGCUGUGCGCGAGUCCCUGUCAAUCAAGUCUCCCCCAGCCCAGGACAGGGUACGGGUUUAAAGGAGGCAGCGGUGCGGAGCGCUCCCAUCGUGCCGCGCGGCGGGCGGGUUUGGAUUUUAAAUCCCCGCGGCCAAUCAGUGGUGCGCAGGCUCUUGUAACGUUCCCGGCGCCGCGUUUGAAUUCGAGGAGGAGCGAAGCGGUGCCAAGCCUCUGCUCAGACUCUGCUAGGUCCGCGGAGCAACUCCGGGAACAUGAGUGCGGCGGCAACUGCAGGGAAGCUGGCGCGGGCACCAGCCGACCCAGGGAAAGCCGGGGGCCCCGGAGUUGCAGCUCCCGGGGCCCCGGCAGCCGCUCCGUCGGCGAAAGAGAUCCCGGAGGUCCUAGUGGACCCGCGCAGCCGGCGGCGCUACCUGCGGGGACGCUUUCUGGGGAAGGGCGGCUUUGCUAAGUGCUUCGAGAUCUCGGACGCUGACACUAAGGAGGUGUUCGCUGGCAAGAUCGUGCCUAAAUCGCUGCUGCUCAAGCCGCACCAGAAGGAGAAGAUGUCCAUGGAGAUAUCCAUUCACCGCAGCCUUGCCCACCAGCACAUCGUAGGCUUCCAUGGCUUUUUCGAGGACAACGACUUCGUAUUCGUGGUGUUGGAGCUCUGCCGCCGGAGGUCUCUCCUGGAGCUGCACAAGCGGAGGAAAGCACUGACUGAGCCGGAAGCCCGCUACUAUCUUCGGCAAAUUGUCCUUGGCUGCCAGUACCUGCACCGAAACCGGGUUAUUCACAGGGACCUCAAGCUGGGCAACCUUUUCCUGAAUGAGGAUCUGGAGGUGAAAAUAGGGGAUUUUGGACUGGCAACCAAAGUGGAAUAUGACGGGGAACGCAAGAAGACCCUGUGCGGGACUCCUAAUUACAUAGCUCCUGAGGUGCUGAGCAAGAAAGGGCACAGUUUUGAGGUGGACGUGUGGUCCAUUGGGUGUAUCAUGUAUACAUUGUUAGUGGGCAAACCACCUUUUGAGACCUCUUGCCUCAAAGAGACCUACCUCCGGAUCAAGAAGAAUGACUACAGUAUUCCCAAGCACGUCAACCCUGUGGCCGCCUCCCUCAUCCAGAAGAUGCUUCAGACAGAUCCUACUGCCCGCCCCACCAUUCAUGAGCUGCUCAAUGACGAGUUCUUUACCUCUGGCUACAUCCCCGCCCGGCUCCCCAUUACCUGUCUCACCAUUGCACCCCGGUUUUCCAUCGCUCCCAGCAGUCUGGACCCCAGCAGCCGGAAACCUCUCACAGUCCUCAAUAAAGGCAUGGAGAACCCCAUGCCUGAGCGGCCCCGGGAAAAAGAGGAGCCAGUGGUCCGGGAGACCAGUGAGGCGGUUGACUGCCACCUGGGCGACAUGCUGCAGCAGCUACACAGCGUCAAUGCGUCCAAGCCCUCAGAGCGGGGGCUGGUGAGGCAAGAGGAGGCUGAGGAUCCCGCCUGCAUCCCCAUCUUCUGGGUUAGCAAGUGGGUGGACUAUUCGGACAAGUACGGCCUUGGGUACCAGCUAUGCGACAACAGCGUGGGGGUGCUCUUCAAUGACUCGACACGCCUGAUCCUCUACAAUGACGGCGACAGCCUGCAGUACAUAGAGCGUGAUGGCACAGAGUCCUACCUCACCGUGAGCUCCCAUUCCAACUCCCUCAUGAAGAAGAUCACUCUCCUGAAAUAUUUCCGGAACUACAUGAGUGAACACUUGCUGAAGGCAGGUGCGAACAUCACACCCCGGGAAGGCGAUGAGCUCGCCCGGCUACCCUACCUGCGCACCUGGUUUCGCACCCGCAGCGCCAUCAUCCUGCACCUCAGCAAUGGCUGUGUGCAGAUCAACUUCUUCCAGGACCAUACCAAACUCAUCCUGUGCCCACUGAUGGCAGCUGUGACCUACAUCGACGAGAGGCGGGACUUCCGCACGUACCGCCUGAGCCUGCUGGAGGAGUACGGCUGCUCCAAGGAGCUGGCCAGCCGGCUCCGCUACGCCCGCACCAUGGUGGACAAGCUGCUGAGCUCCCGCUCGGCUGCCAGCCGUCUCAAGGCCUCCUCAUAGGCCUUCCUCCCCUCCGGACCGGCACCCCUUCUCACCCCCACAGCAUCUUGGCCCGCACUGGUUAGCAACCUUCGUGCCGUUUUCUAGAAUGUGCCCUCCGGCCCUGGGGGCUGGGGAGAGUUCUACAUCCUUGCUGGUGGGGGUCGCCGUGUUAAGUUAUUUUUGUACAUGUUCGGGUGUGGGUUCUACCGGCUCCUGCCCUUCUCCCUCAGCCCCACCAUAUGCAUUGUACAGAAUACCGCUCUUGAAUCCGGGACUGCCCUUUCCUUGCCUUUAUAUACAUUAAACACAUGUGAAUCUUC